UACCUCGACUACCUCGAGUUGUUGGCACACGGGCAGGUGUCAAAUUGUAUGUCAAAUGCACACAAAGGAGAAUGGACUUCGAGAGCCCGGACGUUGAGAAGGAAUUUCCCGGGUUGUACGCGUCCGAAUCGGCGAGGAAGAGUAAUGAGAGCGACUUCAGCGACGAGGGCAGCCACGACAAGCAUUCCAAGAAGGAGCUCCUGGGCGGCAAGCGCAAGGACAAGAAGGACAGGAAGGACAGAGGUUACGCGACCCUAGAGGGUGAGAGUUCGCCGGACGAGGAUCAGGAAACCAAAAGUCCUUCGAAGUCGAAAAAGACCAAAGCCUUUAAAUUUCCAUCUAAAAAGGAGAAACGGGAAAAAUCAAGGGAGAAGGAGGUGAAGGAAAAGGACGCUGAGAAGGAGAAGGAUAAGAAGAAGAAGGAAAAGGAUGAGAAGGAUGUAGAUAAGGAAAAGCGGAAGGACAAGGAUAAAGACAAAUCCAAGCAGAAACUAAAGGAUCGGAAGAAAGGGAAACAUGAGGGAUUGGAUAUUGGCGAGGAACAACCGAUUUUUGGCAUCAGUCUUCACCUAGCGAUUGAGAGAAGUUGUUGCCAUGACGGAGUCAAAUUACCCUUGGUGGUACGCGAUUGCAUAGAUUACGUGGAAGAGCAUGGGAUGAACGUAGAGGGCCUGUACAAAGUCCCUGGGGUGAAAUCAAAGGUUCAACACUUGAAAAAAUUGUAUAAUAACCGGGAGCCGGUGAAUAUAUCUGAGUUUGAACCCACGGUAGCUACGAGCUUAUUGAUACUCUUUCUUAGAGAGCUGCCAGAGUCCGUCCUGGAGAACAGCGAAACGAUAUCGCGCUUCGAGCAGGCCGCGUCAACCAAGGAUGUUGCGCAGCGGGAGGCACAAAUGGCUCAGCUAGCGCAGCAAUUGCCGGAAUGCAACAGGAUUCUCUUGGCAUGGGUUACGUUACACUUGGACAAUGUUACGGCGCGAGAGAAAACAACAAAGAUGAAUGCACAGACGAUCUCGAUGACAUUAAGUCCGGUUCUACAAAUGAGUCACAGAUUGCUGUUGGCUCUAUUGUUCCACUGCAAGGCUUUGUUCCCAAAUAUACAAUUGACAAAGUAUGUACCACCGUUAUCAUCCGGCAGUACCAGUCUGCCAGAUUCCGUAGAGGGUAUAGCUGCAGAGCUGUCCAAGCAGGAGUCGUUACUUUCCCAAAUUCACAUGCAGAUGAAUGCCGGUUUUGUAACGAAAUCUCGCGAGGAACAAUUGUGGGAGGUGCAACGAAUGAUAACGCAAUUAAAGAGAAAAUGUAAAACUGUUCAAAAAUUGGAAGGCGCUACACAAAAGAGUCUGGACGAAGAAAUAAAGUCAGCCGAUAGUAUUCCAAUAGAAUCUAUCUCGCAGAAGCCAAAGACUGUGGACGAAGAUCCCGCGCAGGUGAUACCCGGUGAUGCUCAACCGUCAACUAACCCGGCGUUGAUAAAAAAAGACAGCAAACUGCAUAAUGUAGAAGAGGCAAAAGAGAAGUGCUCUUGCUCGGCAGGCGCCAGUGCGAAUGUUACGCAAAAUGAACAAAGUGUAAAUGCGCAAGAGAAAGAUACGGUUGACUCCGCGGGUGAGGUUGCAACGGUUACGCCGCAAGAAUCUGAGAAUGUAACACCGAAUGAAAAAACAAACGACCCCGAAGAGGAGGAUGUCAUAGAUAAAUUGCGAGAAAAGCUGAUCCACGAGGAACUGUUGAACAUGCAAGCAUUACUCAAGUCGCGCAUAAAUCAGGAGAGGAAUGAAAUCAGACGAUUGACGGAGACGCUGUCGGAGUGCGGGACGAAAGAAGAAAAGAAGAAACCUAAAGAGAGAAUACAUUCUCCUAAUGAAGCUGAAAUGACCGCCAUGAUACAGCUAGUCAAAGAGAAUCAGUUACUCGAGAAGAAGAUGACGACGUUGAUACGUAGCAUUAUCGAGGAGAAAGACGCUUGUGUGGAGCUACGUGUCCAGCUGGCAGUGCACCAGCUAAUGGCCAAGACUUGACCACAGACCUCCUAGCAAUCGCAUCGGAAUUACAAUAUCUCUAUGCUAUAAAGAUACGAUCUGACAUUACGUUUUUGCACAUAAUGACCAUAUAUAGUUUAUAACAUGUUACAAUUAUCACAUGUACCAUCAACUCGUUCGAUCCUCCCGUGAAGUAAUAAAAUAUACAAAGUGCAACCGAAA